AUGGCACAAGCAGAUUUUGCCCCCUAUUUCUAUGACAAUGGACCCUACAGCCACAAUGGGAACCUGGCCCUGUUCAGCCUCUCAGAGGACACACCUGUUGGUACACAGAUCUAUUCUCUCAACGGCACAGACCCUGAAGGCCAGAAGGUGAGAUACGGCCUCUCCUUCGAUCCAGGUUCCAAAGAGUACUUCAGGGUUGACCCCGAAUCUGGAAACAUCACGUUAGUGGAAAAGCUUGACAGAGAGAAACAAGAUUCUAUUGAUGUUCUUGUCAGCAUCACAGACGGGCAAAGCAAGGUUGUGGAAAGAGUCACCAUAUUUGUAAUGGAUGCAAACGAUGAAAAGCCUGAAUUCCAAAACAUGCCUGCAAUCCUUGAUGUGCUGGAAACGACUGAAUCUGGAAGCAGCAUCUAUAAAGUCGAGGCAGUGGACAGAGAUACAGGCUCAGGAGGCUCAGUCACCUACUUCCUCCAGAAUCCACAGUCCACUUUGUUCGCCGUUGACAGACAUAGCGGUGUCCUUCGUAUCAAGUCUGGAGAAAUGCUGGACUAUGAGAAAACAAAGACACACUUUGUCACUGUCAUUGCAAAGGACGGUGGCGGUAACUUUAACGGGAAGGAACAGUUUCUAUCGUCCUCUGCUACCCUGACAAUCAAUGUGAUUGACGCACAAGACACGCCGCCAUCCUUCGUUGGGACGCCCUACUUCGCCUACGUUUAUGAAGUCUCAGUGCCAGGAUCUGAAAUAUUCAGUGUUUUUGCCAAAGACGGUGACGUGGGAAACCCGAAUCCAAUCCGUUACUCAUUCGAUGAUGGAGAUGAUGGUGUUUUUAGCAUCAACAGAACAAGUGGAUUAAUCACCCUGCUGACUCUGCCCAUUCAUCUGAAGAGAGAAAUCUUUAACAUUAAAGUCAGGGCUUCAGAAGUAAGUCCUGAAGGCAGACUCAUGGACUAUAGCGUGACCACGGUGGUGAUCCGUGUGGUCGACCUAAACAAUAACCCACCUACUUUCUACGGAGAGAACGGCCUACAGAACGUGUUUGAGUUGACCAUGUACGAGCAUCCGCCGGAGGGAGAAAUACUGCGAGGGCUGAAAAUCACUGUCAAUGACUCUGAUCAGGGUGCAAAUGCUAAAUUCAAUCUGAGACUGAUCGGACCAGGAAGAAUGCUGCGAGUCGUCCCUCAGACUGUUCUCAAUGAGGCCCAAGUCACAAUCUUAGUGGAAGACUCUGCUGCCAUGGACUAUGAGAAGCAUCAUUUUCUGACAUACAAGCUUCUUGCAGUUGAGAUCGACACCCCUGAGAGGUUCAGCGCCACAGCAGACAUCGUCAUUCAUCUCCUGGACACCAACGACAACGCUCCCAAAUUCUCCUCAGACUACUACAUCGCCAGAAUUCCAGAAAACUCACCCGGUGGCUCCAAUGUGGUGUCAGUGACGGCAAUAGACCCAGACUCAGGACCUUGGGGGGAAGUGAAGUAUUCUAUUUAUGGAUCAGGGGCUGACCUGUUCCUGAUCCAGCCCGAGUCUGGGAUCAUAUACACCCAGCCAUGGGCGAGUCUGGAUGCAGAGGUGAGGUCCAAGUACAACUUCUACGUGAAGGCGGAGGACGCAGAGGGAAAGUACAGCCUGGCUGAAGUCUUUGUGACUGUGCUGGAUCUGAAUGAUCAUCCACCUGCUUUCAAUGAUAACUUCCUGGAGAAGACCAUGGUGAUUGGAGCACCAGUGAAGAUAGAGGCUGUAGACGAUGACGCAGAAGUACCCAACAAUGUCAUCGAGUACGCCAUCAUGAAAGCUGAGCCGGACAACAACAUCUUUGACAUCAACGCCGACACGGGGGAAAUCAUGCUCAAGUCCUACAUCAAGUCCAUGGCCAUCAUUCAGAACAUCACCAAGCAGACAGACUUCACCUGGUCGCUGGUGGUCCAGGCCCGGGACCGAGGCCAGCCGUCCUUCAGCACCACUGCAGUCGUCAAGAUCGACAUCACUGAAGCUACGCAACUCAAGGGGGGGCCUUUGGGAUCAUUUUUAUUGCAGAAUAGAAACAAGCCUUUGCAAAUCCUAGGCAUGCUCGCUGGUGUCAUUAGUCUCAUGGUCGUAGUCACAGUCAUCAUCUCCACUGCAAUAUUCAUGCGCAACAAAAAGUCCAACCGGAUCCUGCCUAACCGCCGCGUAAGGAGAAGGCGGAAACAGCACACCUGGAACUUUCAAAACCCCCUCAAAACACCGGAAACUCCUGGAGUGAAAUUCAGAGUUGAAGAGGAGGAGCAGGAGCCGGAGGCAGUCGUGGAGAACGUCAACUACAACAACAACAUCAACACUGCCGUGAGACACUGGCCUCCACCUCCGCCGCCCUGCGCGCCUUCUCUGCCCCCUCCACCGCCUCCCUACAUCCCGGGGGAGAGGCAGUGGGUUGUACCUACAGGCUCAACAGUAGUGGCACCCAAACCUAAAAAGAAGCCGGUGAUAACCAGGCAGGACACUGUGAACAAAGCACUGGUUUCAGAGCUCAAGAUGAGACUGGAGCAGAAGAGGAGCAAUAAUUUUACUUGA